AUGGACUUCAAGGAUGCGAAGCUCGCGCAAUUUCGUCUCAACAAUUCUAAAAUCGACAUCUACGCGGCGCAGCUAGCGAAAGUUAUCCACGGAGGUGUUGCUGCAGAGACACAUUAUUGGGCAGGAAGCAGAAACGUGCUUGCGGUUGUAUAUGAUCCAGAAGCUGCCGGGGUGACAUACAUAGAGACGGGGUUUUUUAUCGGGAUGAGUCCAGAGCAGGCCUCGAAGCAGCUGAGGAUGCUUAGGGAUUUCGCUAGGUUUUAUGCCGCAUGCUGGCUCCAUCCACAACUGAUUAUGCAGAAUCUGCGAGAGAACAUCAGAGCCACCGUAUCUAACAAGCAUACUCUUCUUGAGUCCACUCUGCCUCCUCGAUUUACUGCCAUCGUCUCUUGUGCACUAAGAGAGCUCGGUGAGCUCUUUCACCCCCAUUAUCCGCAAGUCCUCACACAUGGAGACCUCUGUCCAGUGAACCUACUCGUCUCACCGUCAACAGGCCGCGUCACGGGUAUCAUCGAGUGGGCAGAGGUCGAGCUCUUACCCUUCGGGCUUGCCCUUUACGGUCUAGAUGUUCUACUCGGAUAUCUGGGCCUAGGAGGAUGGAGCUAUCUCGAGAUCCGGGACGAGUUGGAACAAAAUUUUGGAAAUAUUUCUCGGACUGCAUCGCUGAUGCUAAGGGGCCACCAGAAGACAGAAUACGAAAUGCAGUAA